CACGCGCAGAGCGCCCCCGGCGGGCGGGAGGGAGCAACCAUGGCGGCGCUGUGGGAAGCGCUGAGGGCGGCGAUGGCCGCCGUGCUGCUGCUGGGCUGGGGCGCGCACGGGCUCUAUUUCCACAUCGGAGAGACCGAGAAGCGCUGCUUCAUCGAGGAGAUCCCCGACGAGACCAUGGUCAUCGGCAAUUACCGGACGCAGCUGUGGGACAAACAGUCCGAGUCCUUCCUGCCCUCCACGCCCGGGCUGGGCAUGCACGUGGAGGUCAAGGACCCCGACGGAAAGGUGGUGCUGUCGCGGCAGUACGGCUCCGAGGGGCGCUUCACGUUCACGUCGCACACGCCGGGCGAGCACCAGAUCUGCCUGCACUCCAACUCCACCCGCAUGGCGCUCUUCGCCGGGGGCAAGCUGCGGGUGCACCUGGACAUCCAGGUGGGCGAGCACACCAACAACUACCCCGAGAUCGCCGCCAAGGACAAGCUGACGGAGCUGCAGCUCCGCGCGCGCCAGCUGCUCGACCAGGUGGAGCAGAUCCAGAAGGAGCAGAACUACCAGAGGUACCGCGAGGAGCGGUUCCGCAUGACGAGCGAGAGCACCAACCAGCGCGUGCUCUGGUGGUCCAUCGCCCAGACCGUCAUCCUCAUCCUCACCGGCCUCUGGCAGAUGCGGCACCUCAAGAGCUUCUUCGAGGCCAAGAAACUCGUCUAGCCCCCCAAAACCCCCUCGGGGGGCACCCCAAAAUCCAUUCCAGUCUGGGGGGCAGCCCAAAACCAACCCCAAAAAACACCCCAAAACCAAACCCCAACCCUAAAAUCCACCCCGGAAUCCACCCUCGCACCAGGGCCCACCCUCACCUCGGGGGACACUCCACAACCGACCCUAAUCCCUGGGGGAUCCCCAAAAUUCGCCCCAGCCCUGGAAUGGGGGAUCCCACCCACCUUGGGGUGCUGGGGAGGGACCCCCAAACUCAUCCCCCCAUCUUGGGGUGCCGGGGAGGGACCCCCACUCCCUUCUGGGACCCCAAAUCCACCCCGAGGUGCUGGGGAGGGACCCCAGGGGCUCCCCCGAACCCAUCCCCACCCACUUUGGGGUGUUGGGGAGAUCCCCCCGCUCCCUGCGGAUUUUGGGGUGCCCUGCCUGCCGUGGCGGGCGCAGAGUGAGACGCCGCCCCCCGAGGUGUUUUUUUUAGAGGGGAAAUAAAGGUUUUUUU